AUGAAAGAUAAAUUUUUAGAUGGCGAAACAGACAGUUAUGAUUGCGAAUGUUAUGACAAAGAAACACUUCAAUCUCACGAAUUGGUAGAAUCCAAAGCAACAUCUAAAUACGGAGAUCUAUACUUUAUCGGUACAGUAUGGGUGACCGUAACCAAGUCAGCUCUGCUUGGCGCAAAUUCACUAAUACCAAUGGUAGAAGCUGCAAGUCCACCACCACCACCACCUACAAAGCCUCCACCAAUGAAGUACAAGGAACUACCAAUGUAUAAAAGCCCGCAUAAUGAGUACAAAGAAUAUUUAGAAGAAAAAGAUAAAUGUCCCGAAAGGAAUGUCAAAGUAAUGCGUCGUUUUCUAUUGCCCUAUGUAUCAAUCAUCAGGAAAGGAGUACAAGCGAACACAUGUAAACUAGUACUGGGUGUAAGAGACGGUGUAUGUAGUUUACAAAAAUCUGUAGCUGAAUCUAAGAAACAAUUCACAGCUACUAUGAGAGAUAAUGAAAAUUUGACGAUCAGAAGAGCUGUGGUUGUUGCGGGAACUGGUAUUGGAUUUUUGUUAGGAGGCGGUAGAGGUAUACCACGACGUAUAUUCAUGACUGGAGCAGGUGCCGCUACAGCUGGUGCUUUGUGUUUUCCUAAGGAAACUGAUGAAGCAUUUAGAACUUUUACAUACUAUAGUGGUAAAACUAUACUGGGUAUCGCAAAUUUGAUAUGCGGUCGGGAUUUCGGUUGGAGAGAAAGGUUACCGUGUAAAGAUGAUCUACCAGUUAGUUCCGGUAAAAUUGUUGGACAAUGUCCUCCAAAAAAGAACUGAGUCUAAAUUGCUGAAUAAU